UUCACAACCAAAACCUAUUUAUUUUGCUUCUCCAGAGUCGUAAAAUCACUUCACAGAUUAUAAAGAAUCACUUAUAUUUCACAACCAAAACCUAUUUAUUAGAAUCUACCUACCAGGUACAGCCAUAAAUAACAAAACGAUUCGUACGUCAAAACAUUAUUGCAAAUCAAUUGUCAAAAUUACUUGCUUACUUCACAUGUAUUUUUGAUACUAUUUUCACGUCAUACGGACGCAUUGACAAACAGCGCCGCUGGUGGUGAAAAAAAAGACUUAAAUUGUGCAAUUUAGUGGACAGGUUUUGUCAAUUUUCCCUAUUAAGUUCGGGCUCCUAAGGAGCCGCUCCUUGUGUAGGCUCCAUGUUCUGUGGUUUCACCCCCAUGCGUUUGACGCGAUGAACAUCAAAGGAUCCUUUCACAGAAUAUUCUUUUGUGCUUUGAAUAAAAAGUUAGGUUUUUUAUUCAAAGCUUUUGUGAAUUGUAAUGCCGAAAUGACGUAUACAGUUAUCGCGUUGAAUUUAGAUUUCAGAUCGUAAUAAUAAUAAAUAAUAAAUGAUAAAAAUCUAUGGUUUUACCUCCUUCUCUACAGACUUCUUGGGAUUUACGAAAACAACCAUUAUUUAGGAAGACAACAGAUUAUCCGUUAGAUAAUAUUUAUGAUUAAAGGUCAAGUAAUGAUAUAGGUAUAAAUGAUCGUUUAUACUACCUAGGUACUUGUUAGUUGUGUAAGAAUUCCUAAAGAACAGAAAUGGUUCCAUUAGUGGGUGCAAUUGAUGAAGGCACAUCUAGUGCCAGAUUUAUCUUAUUUAAAGCAGGUACAGCAGAAGUUGUGGCAUCUCAUCAACAAGAGUUGUCUCAAAUUUAUCCACAAGAAGGGUGGGUAGAACAGGACCCCUUGGAAAUUUUAAAAGUUGUUAAUAUAUGCAUUGAAAAAACCAUUGACAAGUUAAUAAGUGCAGGUGGAAGUGUAAAUGAUAUUGUUGCAGUUGGAGUAACUAAUCAAAGGGAGUCCACCUUGGUGUGGGAUAAAACAACAGGUGAACCCCUUUACAAUUCCAUAGUAUGGUUAGAUGUUCGAACAUCUUCCACUGUGGAUCAAUUACUUGAUUUGGUUCCAAACCGAUCAAGAAAUAAAAAUUAUUUAAAACCCUUAUGUGGGUUACCUUUGUCCCCAUAUUUUAGUGCUGUUAAACUAAAAUGGUUACAAGACAAUAUUACAAAAGUAAAAAAAGCUAUUGUAGCAGGAAAUUGUUUUUUUGGUACUGUAGAUACUUGGUUAAUAUGGAACUUAACUGGUGGAGCUCAGGGAGGUGUACAUAUUACUGAUGUUUCCAAUGCUUCAAGAACUAUGUUGAUGAAUAUAGAUACAUUAAAAUGGGAUUCAAAAUUAAUAAGUUUUUUUGGUAUACCAGCAUCAAUUCUUCCCAAAAUUAAAUCAAGUUCUGAGUUAUAUGGAAAUAUAAAAGGGGGAUCUUUACAAGGAGUUCCCUUAUCUGGUUGUCUUGGUGACCAACAAUCUGCUUUAGUAGGUCAACAAUGUCUUAGUCGAGGACAGGCUAAGGCUACAUAUGGAACAGGUUGUUUUUUGCUAUACAAUACUGGGAACUUAAAAGUAAAUAGUACACAUGGUCUUAUCACAACUGUAGCCUAUCAACUUGGACCGAAGCAACCCGCUGUUUACGCUCUUGAGGGCUCUGUAGCUAUUGCAGGUGCUGCUUUAAAUUGGCUUAGGGAUAAUUUAAAUAUUUUACCCAGCUUUUCUAAAGCUCAAGAAAUAGCAGAAAAAGCUGAGCUUAUUAAAAGGGGAGAAGUUACUUUUGUUCCUGCAUUUAGCGGAUUAUAUGCUCCAUAUUGGCAACAGGAAGCAAGAGGGGUUAUUGUUGGUAUAACUGAAGAUACACAAGCAUGCCAUAUUGUACGGGCGACUUUAGAUGCAGUUUGUUUUCAAACUAGAGAUAUUUUGGAAGCAAUGAAUAAAGAUUAUGGAUCACCCUUAAAUACUCUACAGGUCGAUGGAGGUAUGACUGCUAAUAAAUUACUUAUGCAAUUGCAAGCUGACUUAGCAGGAGUAAAUAUUGUAAAACCCAAUAUGGCAGAAAGCACGGCUUUAGGAGCUGCCAUGGUUGCAGGUGCAGCUGUUGGAUAUUGGGAUAUUAUGGGAUCCCGCCUGGAUAUUCCAUUUGAAAAAUGGGAUCCGAAAUUGACAGAGAAUCAAAGAGAUGUUAGGUACUCUAAGUGGAAAAUGGCUGUGGAAAGAUCAAUGGAAUGGGAUAAAUAAUUUAUUCAAUUUUAUAUAGUACCAGUGUUCUGUGUUUUACAUUAAAAGGUUUAAUUGUUUUUUAAAAGUACUUACCUAUUAUACCUAUUAGGUAUAGGUUUUAGAUUAUAGAUUUUUAAAUAGGAAAUAUUUUUUAUGCGGUAAUAAAUUUAUUCAUUUGUGUUACCAUAACGUUUUAACGUUUGUUAAUUUUAAUUUCAUAUUUUGUAUAGUUUUUAAUGACAUUUAAUAAUACCAAUAAAA